AUGGCAGAGAGACGAGGGUGGCCUGCAGCCGUGUCGCUGCAAGGACUGCUCUAUGUGUGCGGCGGCAGAGAUGAGCAACGAGAGCCGCUGAGCAGUGUCGAGAGGCUGAAUCAUCCACCCAGCAUCUGGCUUCCGCUUCCGCCGCUCUCUAGCCAGCGGGCAGGUGCGUCAGCUGCAGCGUGUGGUGGCAGGCUCUAUGUGUGUGGAGGAGCAUUCGGUGCCCAGAUGCUAAACUCGGUCGAGAGAUACGAUCCGAAGGUUGGCACCUGGGAAACCUUGGCACCGAUGUUGAAGCGUCGUGCCUAUGUUGCGGCGGCUGGCAUUGCUGGCCGAAUUCAUGUUUUUGGUGGCAGUGAUGGCGGACAGGCACAUGGUUUCUCGCGAAAUCUAGGAAUGGAAGAAGAAAACCAAAUUUGUGCCUACUGCAGUCAGAGGAAGAUUUCUUAG